UCGUCCUUUCACUAAUCGAACAAUACAAAUUUCAUUUCACUGCUAGAUAUCACUACUAUAAAGUUGUGGUGAUUGAGUAGCAGCAUCUCAUAGCGCACUCACUCGCACACUGUGCUCCUUUCUCUUUUCAACGCAACCUAGAAUCCCUCAUGACGACGUCGUUCGCCGCAGCGGCGCUCAGAGACCCCAAACUUCAGAUCCCUACCUACCAUGGCUUCCGUUCUUCUUCAUCCUCCGCCGCCCGCAAUGCCCUCUCCAUCCCUCGCUCCUCCUCCUCCCUCAUUCGCGCUGUUUACACGCCUGCAAAGACUGAAACUGCAACUGAGAAGCGUAGCAAAGUUGAGAUAUUCAAGGAACAAAGCAAUUUCAUAAGAUAUCCUCUUAAUGAAGAUAUGUUGAAUGAUGCACCUAAUUUAAGCGAAGCUGCAACACAAUUGAUUAAGUUUCAUGGUAGUUAUCAGCAGUAUAAUCGUGACGAGCGUGGUUCGAGGACUUAUUCCUUUAUGAUAAGGACGAAGAAUCCUUGUGGUAAAGUUUCAAACCAGCUUUACUUGACUAUGGAUGACCUUGCUGAUCAGUUUGGAAUUGGGACGCUUCGUUUGACUACUAGACAAACAUUUCAGCUUCAUGGUGUUGUUAAGAAGGAUCUUAAACAUGUGAUGGGGGAGAUUAUUAGGAAUAUGGGCUCGAGUCUUGGGGCAUGUGGUGAUCUUAAUAGGAAUGUGCUUGCUCCUGCUGCUCCGAUUGUCAGGAAAGAUUAUCUCUUUGCUCAGGAAACGGCGGAGAAUAUUGCUGCACUUUUGACUCCUCAAUCGGGUUUCUAUUAUGAUGUUUGGGUAGAUGGGGAGAGAGUUAUGUCAGCGGAACCGCCCGAGGUGAUUCAGGCACGAAACGAUAAUUCUCAUGGUACGAACUUCCCGGAUUCAGCUGAGCCCAUUUAUGGAACCCAGUUCUUGCCGAGGAAAUUUAAAAUUGCAGUUACCGUGCCAACUGAUAAUUCUGUGGAUAUUCUCACAAAUGAUAUUGGUGUUGUUGUUGUCACUGAUGAUAAUGGGGAGCCUCAAGGAUUCAACAUAUAUGUUGGUGGGGGGAUGGGAAGAGCACAUAGGAAUGAAGCCACUUUUCCCCGCUUGGCUGAACCGUUGGGUUACGUGCCAAAAGAGGAUAUUUUGUAUGCGGUGAAAGCAAUUGUUGUUACACAACGAGAAAAUGGAAGAAGAGAUGAUCGCAAGUAUAGUAGAAUGAAAUAUCUCAUCAAUUCUUGGGGAAUAGAGAAGUUCAGAAGUGUAACUGAGCAAUAUUAUGGCAAGAAGUUUGAACCUUUCCGCAGCUUGCCAGAAUGGGAAUUCAAAAGUUAUCUUGGGUGGCAUCAGCAGGGUAAUGGCGGUUUAUACUGCGGGCUUCAUGUUGACAAUGGUCGUAUUGGUGGAAAAAUGAAAACAGCACUGAGGGAGGUUAUUGAAAAGUAUAAUUUGAAUGUUAGGUUAACUCCAAAUCAGAACAUCAUAUUGACUGAUAUUCGUGCUGCAUGGAAACGUCCGAUCACAACCAUUCUUUCUCAGGCUGGUCUGCUGCAACCAAAAUAUGUAGAUCCCCUUAAUGUAACGGCAAUGGCAUGCCCGGCUUUCCCAUUAUGUCCCCUGGCAAUUACUGAAGCUGAACGUGGGAUACCAAGUAUUCUUAAGCGGAUUCGUGCCAUGUUUGAGAAGGUUGGUCUGAAGUAUAGCGAAUCUGUCGUUGUAAGGAUAACUGGCUGCCCUAAUGGUUGUGCUAGACCUUAUAUGGCAGAACUAGGACUGGUUGGUGAUGGCCCAAAUAGCUAUCAGGUUUGGCUUGGAGGCAGCAGUAACCAAAUGUCAUUAGCUCGAAGUUUCAUGGACAAGGUGAAGCUUCAAGACCUUGAAACAGUUUUGGAGCCAUUGUUUUAUCAUUGGAAGCAAAAGCGUCAAUCUAAAGAAUCAUUUGGCGACUUCACAGCUCGACUGGGAUUUGAGAAGCUUAAAGAAUUUAUUGAGAAAUGGGAGGGUCCAGUAGUAGCAGCAACACGCCACAACUUGAAGCUUUUUACUGAUAAAGAGACAUACGAAGCAAUGGAUGGAUUAGCUAAACUUCAAAACAAGAGUGCUCAUCAGUUAGCCAUAGAAGUUAUCCGCAAUUAUGUUGCAUCAAACCAAAAUGGAAAAGGUGAAUUUUAAUUGACUCGCCCAUUGAAGAUGUAUGUGAUGUUGCAUUUUGGUUGACUGAGAAUGGCGACUGAGCAAACUCUCGGUGCUGUUACUGAGGUAACCCUGAGGAUAGACUAAAUUAAUGUUUGGUUUUAUCAACUUUUGUAUAAAACAAGCUUUCAGCUAGAGUCUUUUGGUGCUUUAUUUUCAUUAUGAGUUUUCUGAAGACAAAAUAAGCCCCUCUAUUUAUUUUUGGUUUCCCACAACUCCAGGUUUUUCUUCAAUUAAUCUUGUUUGUUACGAUAUGUUGCUGAGUUUUGUUUUUGCUCCUUUAAAGUCAAUCAAUCAGGAUCUACCAAGUACUAACUGUAAUAAUAGUUCGUAGUGAUAAGCUACAUAUUGUGUUGCAUCUGGGAACCAUAUGAUCUGGAAUACAAGUUUUUUAUUUACCACGA